AUGAUGGAUUCUGACGAUAUUGUCACAAACGUAGUCACCGACGCCAUCACCGUUGCUACCGCCGCCGUAAGGGCGGCCGCCGACGCCGCUACCGCCGCCGUUACCACCGCCACCGCUGUCGCUAAUACCGUUACCGCCGUUACAGCCGCUGCCACCGCUACCACCGUUACCGCCGCCGCUGUAACUACCGUCGUCACGACCGUUCAAAAACGGUACUUCGAGAAGACGCCCACUGGUCUUACGAAAAAAUCGCUCAAGAAACAGACUAUACGGUACGACAAGUUCAAUAGGCUUACACUCAACCACAAACUCCACGAAAAAACAAGUCUGGCCGCCGACCGUUAA